GUGUUUAUUAUUUUACCUCUGGCUUCGAUGGUUAUAUUGUCAAUCACCCCCUCUCUGCCAUUGGCUGGGGAGUUUGCGUCAAAAAGUUGCUGGCGAGAUUUUGAGAUUUUGUUUCUCAGCAAAGCUCCCCGUGAGAGGAACAGACAGACCUCGUCUCCCAGGCUUUACUGGACAAGCACGCGUUCUGCGAGACCCUCAGCAGCUCCACUAAUAUAUAUACAUAUAUAUAUAUUAGUAUAGUAUUAGUGGUAGUGGUGUUAGUAUUAUUAUUAGGGAUAAUAAGCGAACUGGAAGACAGCUCAUCUCUACUUGAAUGUAUUCGUGUUCUUCAAAGGUAUUUCGCGAUUUUGACGGAUUUUUUUUGCGGAAGGAAUCUAAUUUCGGCGGAAUCGACUAGCAAGACCAGGGUCAUUAUUAUCGAGCGGGCGCGGAGCAACUGGUAGAUGGGGUUCUGUGUAGAGGUGACAGAUUGGAGGGAGCAGCCGUUAGACUUCCAGUCCGGUCGUGGUGCCAGACACUGGGACAGGGACAGAAGUGUGGAAGAACCGCUUCCCUCGACUCCGAGUCCGGCGCUACAGCAGGGUGAGACAGCAGGAUCUGCGAGGCUGACUCAGCCCAGGAAACUAGACGAGAGGCCUUACACUUGCUUUCACCAUUUUUACCAACUUCACCCCCCAACCGAACUUUAGCAUGAUGUCGUAUCUCAAGCAACCGCCUUACACGGUCAAUGGAUUGAGUUUAACUGCGUCCGGCAUGGACCUGCUGCAUCCGUCUGUGGGGUACCCAGCGACGCCUCGGAAGCAGCGGCGCGAGAGGACCACUUUCACCCGCGCGCAGCUCGACGUGCUGGAAUCCCUGUUCGCAAAGACCCGGUACCCGGAUAUAUUCAUGCGCGAGGAGGUGGCGCUGAAAAUCAACCUGCCCGAGUCUCGAGUCCAGGUUUGGUUCAAGAACCGGAGGGCAAAGUGUCGCCAGCAGCAGCAGCAGCAGCAGAACGGAGGCCAGAGCAAAGUGCGUCCGGCCAAGAAGAAGAGCUCUCCCGCAAGAGAGGCCAGCUCCGAGAGCGGGGCCAGCGGCCAAUUCACACCGCCUAGCAGCACCUCCACCCCGGCUAUCCCCAGCAGCAGCGCGCCUGCGUCCAUCUGGAGCCCGGCGUCCACCUCCCCGCUGUCCGACCCGCUCUCCACAUCCUCGUCCUGCAUGCAGAGGUCGUACCCCAUGACCUACACGCAGGCGUCGGGGUACAGCCAGGGCUACGCCGGCUCCACGUCCUACUUCGGAGGGAUGGACUGCGGGUCCUACCUCACCCCGAUGCACCACCAGCUCUCCGGGCCAGGCUCUGCACUGAGCCCGAUGAGCAGCCACCUCAACCAGCCCCCCGCCUCCCUCUCUGCUCAGGGCUACGGGGCCUCAGGGCUCGGCUUCAACCCCACUUCCGACUGCUUGGAUUAUAAGGACCAGGCGGCCUCCUGGAAACUGAACUUCAACUCCGACUGCUUGGAUUACAAAGAUCAGGCGUCGUCAUGGAAAUUCCAGGUUUUGUGAACCAACCAACCAACCAACCAACACAAAAACAAACCGACAGAACAUAAGAAAUGAGUAAUUAUAAUGAAGAGACUGAACAUUCUGAGCUGGACUCGCAGGAUUCGCUUUGCAGAGGGGAGGGGAGGGGAGGGGAGGGGGGCUCUCUGACUUAUCCGAGUGUGUGAGACUCCCCCAUUUACCACCGCGUACUCCUAAUCCCGUUUUGGUUAUCACUUUGGAAAAGGGGCCAUUUAGGAUCCAGCACUAGCCAAUAAACUUUUUAUUAUUAUUCUCAUUAUUCUCGUCAUUAUUAUUAUUAUUAUUAUUAUUAUUAUUAUUAUUAUUAUUAUUAUUAUUAUUAUUAACCAUGACGUACACAGACAGCUGUUUCUGUCUGUAUGUUUCUCCUAAUGGCACCUGUUGGUUAAUUCACGAGACUUUGGAAAGAACUCCUGUCAACCAAGACACAAAAUAUAUACAGCCAGGAGAACCAUGGCUUGGUUACGGACUCAGAAUGGGUGGGGUUUCCCUAAAAGAUCCUUAAAUUCCUGACUUGCACCCUGGUUGGCACACCAAGAGACCUUUACACCAGGGGG